AGCGCGCAGGAUGUGCGGGGCGCCCGCGACCCUCCGCGGCAGGGCGAGGCCCCGCGGGCGGACCGUGAGCGCAACGUCCGCCCCGGGGAACCGCACAGGCACGUGUGCUCAGCUGCAGCCACCCCCAAAGGGCACCUUGCAAAUCCUCCGUGGCGAUGGCGCUUCUGUGGGGACUGUGGUCGUUUUCCACUGCCCCUCGGGCCACCAGAUGGUGGGCUCCGGCCUCCUCACCUGUGCCUGGAAGGGGAGUAUCGCCGACUGGUCUUCGCGGACCCCCGUGUGCAAGUCUGUGCCGCCCCAGGAGGCCUUCGGCUUCAAGGUGGCAGUCAUCGCCUCCAUCGUGAGCUGUGCCAUCAUCCUGCUCAUGUCUGUGGCCUUUCUCACCUGCUGCCUCCUCAAGUGCGUGAAGAAGAGUGAGCAGCAGCGGCGCUCCAACAGGAUGGCGCAGCUAUGGCACCAGCUGAGGGGCGAGGAUCUGGAGACGGUGCAGGCUGCGUACCUUGGCCUCAAGGUCCACAACCAGAACAACAGCAGCAGCCACAAACCCAGGAGCCAUCCCAGCCAGGCGCACGACAACCACAGCUUCACCACAGACCUCAGCGAAGGCAUCAGGGAACUGGCUGGCAUGGCCCACAGUGUGGACAAGGAUUCCCAGACUCCGGGGCCCAGCAGCCCCUCCCACUCAUCCAGCACCCGUGUGGUCAUCCACACCGUGAACCCAGGGCAGGGCCUGCCUGCUUCAGGGACAGCCACAGGGAUGCCCAUGCGGUCCACGAUGGACCUCCCAGGGUGACGUCACCAUCCAGGCCCCUGCAACUCCACUUGUCCGGCGUGUCCAGCUGGGGAUCUACAGUGGAAUCUGCCUCCAGGUGCAGGGACCCCUCGGGGCCGAGCUGACUCCAGAAGCGGAGGGCACUAGCAGGCUGGGGGCCCUAGUGAGGAGCCUGCGGUCCCAAAGGAGCCCAGCUGUGGCGACUUUAUAGUAAUGGCUCCCUUGAACCAGCUGCUGCUGCUGCGUUUAAUGUAGUAGAUCCCUCCCCUCUAACCAGGGCUCCUUUUAAGAGACAGAUAUUCUAGUUUUGCGUAGUAGAAUAAGAAGACGGCAAUAAACUUUUCAGCAACUAUGGGAUGGCCACCUUGGCACCUUCCUGGGCAGGAGGUGCUGUUUCAAAGCAGGAACCCAUGGAGGGUCCUGUAUUAUCUAUGUAAAGCGCAAGUGAGGGAAAUAAUUGUAUUACUAAGAAGUAAAAAAGAAGGUGCAUACCACUG